AGGCGGGUUGAAUGAAUUUGUAGCUGCUCGCGGCAAAACAUGCCACUUUAAUGUCUAAGUUUAUAAUGUACAAUUACAUUUUAGACAAUCCGUGCAUGUUUGUGUAAUCAUAGCACGUUAAGUGUUUUUCUUUUGACUUAUAUGCGGAAUGGAUCGACCGUCCAGAAAUGUUAAAUCGGCAAACUACAAAGACUUCCAAGACGAUGACGAUGAGGAUUUUGCUGCUGUAAAACCUCCUUGCAAAAGAUCUCGAACGACUGCCAAAGACUCUGAUUCUGAAAGAAACCCAAAGACUUCAAAUAUAGUUGUUGAUCUUACCAGUUCAGGACAACAAAAGACUCAGAGGGUGUCUCUUGAAGAUAAACUCUAUGAAAGAGAUAUAGAGGCGGCAUUAACGCUUUCAUUGCUGGACUCUCCAGUAACAGGAGGAGAAGUUGCCACCAAAGCAGAGACGCACAACAGGUCUGAAGCUCCACCUCCUGUUCUUACACACUGCAAUGACGCUAACAGCCGUUUAGAUGAGCAUCAACUUCGACCAGAUUCUCCUCCUAUGCUGUCCAACUGCAGCGUCGAUGGCAAUAGUUUAGGGCUGAAUCUGAUUAUCAAUAUGAAGACCUCCCCUCCCAGUGUUUCUAAAACGAGGAAGUUGUCAGAGCGGGAGAGAAAACCGCUAAAUGAGAAGAACAGUGAAGAAGAUGAAGACUAUCAGCCGCAAAACACACCAAAUUCCGAAAGUGACGCUAACUUUACUGAAGAAGAUGAAAGCGAGGAUGAGACUUUUACAGUAAAAAAGAAGAAUGUGAAGACCUCGGGACAAAAAACAGAAAAAAAGACCCCACAGGCUUCAAAGCAGAAGAAGGAGAAGAAAGAGAAAAUGCCAGCAAACGCCUCAAAAGUUAAAAACUCAGCCUACACUUCAACAAUCAGUCGGAGUCCAGCUUCUUCUAUCUCUGGAGUAAAGACACCCACAACUCCACCUCUGUCUAAACCAGCACUCAGCUCCAGUCCUGCAGGGGGCAGAUUGCCAAAGUGGAAUCCUCCUGGUCUGGUUGGCAGGAGUCCCGGUGCAUCCCAGAACGCAUCUGUCAUGUCUCCAGGGCAAGGCUUGCGUUUGGGACUGUCUCGUUUGGCCCGAGUCAAACCUUUGCACUCAAAUCCCCCUGCUCAUUGAACAUAAUCAUUUAAAAGAAACUAUAUUUUUGAAAACCGCACAGAAGUGUGAGGAUAUCUCAUGAAAACUUAGUGGGAAAAAUUCGUAGAAUUUUUCUAAUACUACAAGAAUUUUAACAAGAAUUUCAUUCCUUUUUCUAUUUGCUUUAAAUUUUAAUAUUUACAAUUAUUUUUGCCUGGUGUUCUUUCAGCUUUGUAAAAAUGCACUUUUUUGACAACCAUUAAAAAUCACGCAACAUUUUUAGUAUCACAGUUUUAUUCUGUAGUAAAUAUCUUUAAGUGUCUUUUUAAUGUCUUUAUAAUGUAUGUUCAGUAAUAAAUGAGUAACUUUGA